AUGAAUCUGAGCUCAAUGUGCAGACAGCCUGGAAAAUGUCCUGCUUCUGCCAGCGCUCGACGCAUGGGCAUGGAAGACAACCAUCCAGCAAGGUCCGAAGAGCUAUCCAGAAGCACCGGUGUCCAUGGUUUCAACGCCGAACCCAGGAAGUUGUCGACUUCUACAUGUCCAUGGGUUGCAGCUGGUUCAGUGGCCCAGUUGCCACAACACGCAGCUGGUUCGGUCAGGGAAUGUUGA